UUCAGCCCAGAAAAAAAAAACAAGAAACUCACAAGAAUUAGUCUAAUUAAAUAAAUCAUCAUAAGGAGGUAUGUUAAAAUCCACACCAUCUGCCAGAGUCAAUGACUGAAGUGAACAUCUCCUAUGUCAGUGAAUUCAUUCUCAAGGGGAUCACAGACCGGCCAGAACUCCAAGCCCCAUUUUUUGUGAUGUUUUUGACAAUCUAUCUGGUCACAGUUAUAGGCAACCUUGGGUUGAUUGUCAUAAUCAGGGUUGACUCUCGACUCCACACACCUAUGUACUUCUUCCUCAGUCACCUAGCCUUCGUUGACCUCUGUUACUCGUCUGCUAUCACACCAAAGAUGAUGGUGAAUUUUGUGGUAGAACGCAACACUAUUCCUUUCCACGCUUGUGCAACACAGCUGGGCUGUUUUCUUACCUUCAUGAUCACAGAGUGUUUCCUUCUGGCCUCUAUGGCCUAUGAUCGCUAUGUGGCCAUUUGCAGUCCCCUGCAUUAUUCAACACUGAUGUCAAAGAGAGUUUGCAUUCAAUUAGUGGCAGUUCCUUAUGUGUACAGCUUUCUAGUUGCCCUUUUCCAUACAAUUAUCACCUUUCGUUUAACAUAUUGUGGGCCUAAUGUAAUCAACCAUUUCUACUGUGAUGACCUUCCCCUCUUAGCUCUGUCCUGCUCAGACACACACAUGAAGGAAAUUCUCAUAUUUGCUUUUGCUGGCUUUGAUAUGAUCUGCUCUUCUUCCAUAGUUCUCACCUCCUACCUCUUUAUCAUUGCUGCCAUCCUGAGAAUCCGCUCUACCCAGGGAAGACGCAAGGCCAUCUCUACCUGUGGCUCCCACAUGGUAGCUGUUACUAUUUUUUAUGGUACACUCAUCUUCAUGUAUCUACAGCCCAAAUCCAACCAUUCCCUGGACACAGACAAAAUGGCUUCAGUGUUUUACACAGUGGUAAUCCCCAUGUUGAACCCCCUCAUCUACAGUCUUAGGAAUAAAGAGGUGAAAGACGCCUCUAAGAAGGCUUUGGAUAAAGGGUAUGAAACCUUAAAAAUAUUAAGAUUAAGUAGAUAAUGAGAUCAUAUUUCAUUAUGUAUGAACAGGAAAACAAACCAGACUCUUAAUUGUAAUUUAUUCCCAAGCAGUUGGAAAUUCCUCUCUUACUUUAACAGUCUUCUGUGAGGUUACAAAUAGAUCAUGGUAACUCAAUAUGAUAAAUC